ACGGAGAUGAGCCUGGUCAUAAUCAAGAUCCUCAUGGCGGCGGUGGCGGUCAAAGAGACAGCGAGGGACGAAAAAUAAUUGAAUUUGCUGAUACCGAUGUUGUCAUCGGUGAGUGGGCUGAAGAGUUUAAAUCAUUCUUGGGGAAGAUGGUACGUUCCCGAGUGAGUAUAAACAUUGAUAGUUGGAAGAAAGUUUCAAAAGCGAAUAAAGAUCAAAUCUUUAAAGAGAUACAGCAUGACUAUGCUGUGGAGGAUAAUAUGAAAAAACCAUUAUUGAAAAAGUUGGGCAAAAUGCACCGAGAUUGGAGAAAUCGAUUGCGAUCAGGUUUCAUAAAUAAGACUCGUCAAGUGGGAAAGGAUUGUGGGGAAGCUUUUGAGAAGUAUAAAGACCAACUUACCAAAGAAGAGUGGGAUAGUUUCGUGGCAAAGACUAUGACUCCUGAGUUUGUG